GCGCAGCGGGCUGGCGAUGGACACAGCCAUUAUUUUGGAGGCGAACGGAAGUUUGUCGGACCAACUUCAACGUGUGGCAACCUCGAGACGUUUUAAAUAGCUUAGCAGGAGCUCGCCGUUCCUUCUGACCUGUCCGGAAAGGUGACACCGUGGAGAUUCGUUUGUUUUUAAGUGGUCCGUCCAGCUCAGUGCGGUGCCAAGCUGGAGCGUCUAACUGGAGUCUAAGUCAGUCGUGUCUCUCCAUCCGUUGGGCCUUUGAACGUCACUCAGGCCUCCUUCUUCCUGGCCCACAUGAACGCAGGAUUCCUUCUCGGCUGCGCUGAGCGCCAUGCCUGACCGGGAUAGCGCCUAUCUGGCAGGCGGCGGUGGGGGCGGCAGCGCAGCGGGGGUGGGCGCAGGGGUGGUGGGUGAGGACGGGGGAGCCAGUUCUGGUUUGUCCGGAGGCGGCGAGGGCCGAGGGGGAGUCGGCGGAAGCUCGGCUGGCUGCGGUGGGGGCGGCGGCGGGUCUGGGGCCAUGGGAUGCGGCGGGGCCCUGGGUAACGGCCAUAACUGCGGCGGAGCCGGCGGGGGCUUCGGCGCCGGUCUGGCGUUAGACGGCGUGUGCCGGGACUUCUUGCGCAACGUGUGCAAGCGCGGCAAGCGCUGCCGCUUCCGCCACCCGGACUUCAACGAGGUGCCUGACCUGGGCGUGCAGAAGAACGAGUUCAUCUUCUGCCACGAUCACCAGAACAAGGAGUGCGUGCGAACCAACUGCCGUUUCGUGCACGGCUCCAAGGAGGACGAGGACUACUACAAGAAGACGGGCGAGCUGCCCCUCUGGCUGAGGUGGAAAGUGGCCGCGGGGCUCGGCCUGUCGCCCACCGACCUCCCUCAGAACCGAGGGGAGGCGCCCAUCUGCAGGGACUACCUGAAAGGGGAAUGCCAGAGAGGCAACAAGUGCAAGUUCCGCCACGUGCGGAAAGACCACGAACACGAGGCCUCGCGGGUCGGCAUGGGGGGCAUGAUGGGGGUCUCGGGCGGGGUGAGUGGGAUGGUGAACGUGGGCAGUGGGGGAGUGGGGAGCGGCGGCGGGGUCUGUGGUGGGAUGUCCGGGCUGGUUGGGGGAAGUGGAGGGAACCUGAUGGGGAUGGGAAGCCCUAAUCUAGGAGGCUGCAGGGAGCAGGGACUGUGUGGUGGGGGAGGUGGGGGAGGCUCAAUGGGCAGCUGUCUGUCUGUAGGGGCUGCCGGCCAGCGACGCUACGACAGGGGUCCCUGUUCGGUCUACGACCCGCUCUUUGAGAACGGGCUGUUCGAGGCUGGGCCGCUGGAGACCCCUGUGGACCACACUGCUCUCCAGCUGAAGAGGAGGAGGUUGGAGGGUCUGCGAUUGGCUGAGAGUGCUGGUGGAGGGCAUUAUGACCUGGGGGUGCAGGCCACCCUGACCACCCGGCCACUGGAGUACCGCCUCCUAGAGGAGGAGAACGCUUUACUGAGGAAGAGGGUGGAGGAGCUGAAGAAACAGGUCUCCAAUCUCAUCGCCACCAAUGAAGUCCUGCUGGAGCAAAACGCUCAGUUCCGCAGCCAGGCUAAAGUCAUGACUCUCUCCUCCACCCCCGCCCCGUCUGAGCAGAAUCUGGCGCCCCCUGUUGGCUCUGUGAGCUCCUACAACCACGGCAUUGCCCAGACUCACACCACCCUGAGCAGCGCGGGGCUCCAGCCUCGCCCCGUCACCCAGCAGGACUUGGUCGCUCCAGCAGGAGCCCCUACGGCCCCCCCGGCCAACGCCGCGCCCCCGACCGCCCCGCCGCCCCAUCUGAACCCAGAGAUCGCCCCCCUCUCCGCCGCGCUCGCUCAGACUAUCGCGCAGGGCAUGGCCCCGCCCGUUUCUAUGGCACCUGUCGCGGUCUCUGUGGCGCCGGUUGCCGUGUCCAUGGCGCAGCCGUUACCGGGCAUCACGAUGAGUCACGCCACAACGCCGAUGGUGUCGUAUCCCAUUGCAAGUCAGAGUAUGAGGAUCACCACCCUGCCACAUUAGCAGAUGCCAGCAUCGGUCAGAACUCAUGCAGCUCACACGCCUGUCAGCUUCUCCAUGGACCUGAGAGAUGACUACUGCACACCAGCACACGGAGCUACGAGGAAACUAGCACGUCCCUUUAUUACUCACUCACUGGUGAAGUGUUUUAAUGAACAGUUGUUUCUGACUGUAAACCAGUGAUGUGUUUGUGCUAAAGACACAUACGAACGUCAUAAAACGCGGACGUGUCCGUGUAACGUACGUACGUUACCCGUCGAUUUACUGGAAAGAGGUUGUGAAUUUACAUGUUUGCUCUCAUUUGUGGUCUUUUUUUGUGGAUUACGUUUGUGUGAAGUGAUUUUUGAUCUUUUUGCACAAAAUGAAUGAAACUGUCAACCACAUAUAAGGCCUGUGGUCUUUUUUCACAUAGUGACUAAAUAAUACAUGGCUUUAUAGCUGCAGCUCUGAAAAUUGUUUUUGACAAUUUAGUUUUUCAGUUUUUCGUUUUUUGACCAUUUAAAAAAAUAUUGUCGCCCUUUACAUUAUGUGUAAAUUUGAUGAUGAUUGCAUCAAAGGAAAUGGUCCAAAAAGGCUUGGGAAAAAAUGUGCCUUAGGUGGUGCUAUAUAGCACCUUCUCCAUCAGCCUGAAGAACCCUGUCAUGAUGCAUAGAACCCUUAAUCGUGUAAAGGGUUCUUUGAGUGUUUGUUUCUAUAUAGAACCAUUUACUAAAGAACCCUUGAAGAACCGUCAUUUUUAAAUGUGUAGGGUGUUGCUAAGUGGUUGCUAUGGCAUUCCAGGUGGUUGCAAGGGUGUUGCUACGAGGUUGUGAAUGUAUUGCAAAAUGACAAAU